AUGCAAGGGAGGGCUGAAUCUUCGGUUGAGAGCGAUACUGGACAGCGGAACCGACUAUUGCAGUUUGAUUGGCAGAAUAUCAUUGUUAAUUGUGAUGAAUUUGAUGUUUAUGUGCGAUAUCUGCGAGGAUCGUAUCGUUUGCUAUGCUCGAGGUAUGAGAAGCAGAUAAAAAUGGUGUUGCCAAUAGGACAUGAUUCUUGCUUGCUGAAUCAGAUGAGAUCGUCAGAUAAAGAGCCACAACAACGUAGCAUUUCAUCGGGUGCUGGAAUGAGUUGUGCUAGAUCGACGACGACAGCACCGUUAUUAGACUGUAGACAAGCACAACAUAAACAGUCGUCAUGUGCAUCUGCAACGACUUUAGCCCCUGCAGCUGCGGCAGGAGUAGGAGCAUUUCGAAUGCUGCCGUCACCACUGUUGUUGAAUCAUUAUCAUCAAGGACAACACACUGAAGUGGCUCUGGAAUUAGGUGGUGGCGUUGGAGGCUUCUUUGGCACGGGUCUUCUACGUCUGAAAGAACGUCCACGUGCACGUUCGAUGCUACCGUUGCGAUCGCCGUCAUCAAUCGACGAUGAAGAGGGAGGGUAUGACGAGUGUACAGAGGGUGGUGUAUUUGCUGAAGAAGCGGCGGAUCUCGAGAAUAGUUUAAUGGAUGCUGGACAAGAGCGAGCUCCACUGAUCCGUAGAAGUCGUUCUCGAACGAGUGGAUCGGCAAGUGAUAAAAAAUUUAGAUCACGAUCUGGGUGGUCCUCACGAGUUUCGUCGGCACUCUACAAACAACGAUGUGUACCGUUGUCCAGGGACGAAAUGCUUGAAUUAAUGGUGCUGCUGAACGAUACAACGGGGAAGAGCGCGGCGCAGCCUCUUCUGUGGUGUCCUAUCCAGUGUCGAAGCUCACGAUGGUACGUAGACGAUGAAUCUCGAUUUGAAUGA